CGGGUGCGGUCCGAGAGCAGAGCCGGGGCCUCGCGCGCCCCUGCCCGCAGCCGCCCGCGAUGAGCGAGGCGAGCCGGGUGUGCUCCGGCUACUACAGCCUCAACCACAGCUUCGUGGAGCCCUUCCAGUGCCCCCGGCGCGGCGAGGGGGCCGCCCUCCUCUACUGCUGCGGCUUCGCCGACCUCAAGUACUGCUGCAGCGAGCCGGGCAGCUACUUCCCCUACAAGCACAGCUACAUGUGGAGCCUCAGCAUUGGUGCCCUGACUGGAUUGGGAAUUGCUGCCCUUGUUUUACUGGCCUUUGUCAUCAGCGUCUGUGUCCUUUGCUAUUUAUUUCUGUAUACGAAGCCUCAAAGAUUAGACACUGGACUUAAGCUUCAACACCUAGAGACUUCUUCCACUCGAGAAGGCAACUCAAACAGGAAAACCAAAGCCCCCAAUUCCAAUGCAGCAACAAAUGAAACAUCCUACGAAGCUGAUGAUACAAUUCAAGAAAAAACAAUGGAUACAUCACAAAUCAACACUGUGUAUUAUUAAAAAUCCUGUGCUGUAAAAGCCCCGGAGAGAACAAGAAAUAAAAAUAGAGUGCAUUUCAAACAUAGUUCGUAAUGAUACGUUUCAAAAAUUCGCCAUCACAGAGCAAGACACAGCUGCAUUUUUGAUCAUUCAAUUAAUUUAUUAAACACCCACUAAGGUUUCUGAUAGAUUUUCAUGUGCAUAAGUUUACUUUCAUUUUCUAAUUAAGAUGUUUCCGAAUUACAUGAAAUUAUGCUAAUACUUCAGGAGAAAUUAAAGAAGUUAUCAAUAACACAAAUAAGCAAACUAUCUCAGUGAAGAACAACAAGAAAUUUUUGUCACAUUACCAGCAUUUCAUAAUUUUUGAUACUUAGAGGCAGUUAUUUUUAUAAGAGAUGGUACUGGAUAGGUAAAUCUUCAGGGAAUGGUCUUAUAAACUAGAGGUGGCAUGUUCUUAAGUCUCUAGAAAUCAACCCAUGCCUUUUUUAGAGGAUUUGCUGGGCACACAAACAAUAUAUUACCUUUAUAAAAGCCAACAUUCAAUAACAAAAUAUAUCACAAUGUAUAAUCUGCAUGAUAAAUAUUUUCUGCAUACCAAGGGAUAACUGUAACAAAAAUCCUUCACUGAUAAUGUUCCUAAGGAAUUUCUAUAAUAAAAGUUAUAAAACAAACAAGUUCUCUGGUCCCACCUAAGGCUAAUACAGUAAUACCACUUAGACAUCUAGAAAAUAAACUACAGUUCCUGCAAAUUAUAAUUUCCAUAAAAGAUUUUUAUUCAUAAGUGUGAUUUCAAUUAUAAGAACACAGACCUGGUUUUAUAAUGGAAUUCAAUAGGAAAAAGGAUUAAUUUUAAGCUGGCUCUGCUGAACACAUCUACUGUGCUGUAUAAAGUUUCCAUAGUUGGAAGACUAGCCUUUCAAAAUGUGCUGGAUAUAGCUUUUCUGGUCUGACAG